ACCUAACUGGCAGUCAGUGGCUCCCGGGGCCCCGCGUCGUCAGUCUCGUUGGAGUAGUUUCGUGUAACCGCGGCGUCUCUCUUCUCCUUUCUCUCUCUUUCUCUCUCUCUCUCUCUCUCUGUCUCUUUCACUCCCUCCCUUUCCAUCUGUCUUUCUCUUGAUGCCUGCCCUUUCUCUUUCUCUUUUCACCUGCCUCCCCUCUUAUCCCUUCGUCCCCUUCUUUCCUCUGAUUUCUAUACCUUUCUUCAAACCUCUCGUUCAGCUUCUGCUACAAUGAUUGUUUCUUUCGUUUGCCCUUAUCAUUGUCUGUUAUCGUUCGAUUCAUCUCCCCAAAGGUUUCAGUAACGGAAUAUUCAUUGUUACAACGCGCCACUUUUCGCCCGGCAUUGCUGAUGAAUGACGUAAUCGUGUAUUCGAAAUUCCGAUAAGGGACCGCAAGUAGCCGAUUUCGGAGCCAGUUACUCCAACAAAAACUCGAUCGCAGAGAUCUAGAAUGUUCUUCCAGUUCUGUACAGUCAUUGAUCAUGUCUAUGAUCGCAUUUACAUCUGAUAACCACGAGAAACCUCUCGUCGAACUCGCAAGAUAAGUUUCGCGACAUUCAAAGAGUGCGUGUCGAAGUGUGGUGAUUCGACGGAGAUCCCAAAGAAGAAUCGGAGCAAGAAGAUCGAGUGGAAAAACCGCGAAAGAGAGAAGUACCAGGUGAACUGAGGGAACUCUCGACGAAGCAAGAGGUCGUGGAAAUAUAAAAAAUAACAAAUUAGCGAAUAAACUUUCAACGAACCAAGGAGUCGCGAAGGUGUUGGUUGAACUGGACGGGUGAUAAGCCGGAACAACAGACGGAACGCCAAUUACACUCGGUAGAGAUUGAUUUAACUGCCUUCGAAAUUCGUCAAAGUUUGUCAACAAAUGUUUCGAACAUUUAUCAUUUCGAGAUGAAACAAUAAUACAGAUCACCAUUACAUUACGUUGAUAUUGUGUGGUUCGUUGAAAAGCUUAUCUGGAGACACGCGUGAUUUUUUGCUUCUAAAUUGCAUAAGAAUUGAGUUUUAAUCCGAUGACGUAGUAAAGUAGCAGGAAAGUCUGAAACUCUUGUAUCUUGUAUCUAACGUGUUGUACGUGUCGGGGUUGUACGAUUCGACCCCCAGUGAGCUUCGGAAGCGCGCUCUGAAGGUAGCAGACACGUCGGGCCGAAGUUUCGCGAGUUUAAAGAGUACGGCCGGUGGUCGGCGUACGAAGGCUUCAAGAUUGCUCGAAAACCGUCGCGCGAGGUGCGCAGGAGUGGCAGAGCUGCGGAAAUAGGGGCUGCCGGCGUGAUGCAGCGGGUGGGCGCAGCCGGGGGGCCCGGGCCCAUCGGCUUUCAGGGCCCUCCGAGAUCGCUGAAAAUUUCACCGGUCAAUAUACAGGACGAGCCGGCCGAUCCCACGCAGAAAGGCAGCAGCUCGCUCUGCGUUGGCUGCGGUGGUCGAAUUCACGACCAGUGGAUUCUGAGGGUAGCACCUAAUCUGGAAUGGCAUGCAGCGUGUUUAAAGUGUGCCGAGUGUCAACAGUUUCUGGACGAGAAAUGCACCUGUUUCGUGCGGGACGGCAAAACUUACUGCAAGCGCGAUUACGUUAGGUUGUUCGGCACAAAAUGCGACAAAUGUAGCCGCUGUUUUAGCAAAAAUGACUAUGUGAUGAGAGCGAAAACUAAGAUCUAUCACGUGGAGUGCUUUCGUUGUUGCGCCUGCUCGAGGCGGCUCGAAACUGGCGAUGAGUUCGCUCUGAGGCAGGACGGCCUCUUCUGUCGACUCGAUCACGAUGUUCUCGAAGGCGGAAAGCACUGCACCGGAGGUGUUGGUAUACCCGGAAGCGAGAAUAACAAUAACGCCUCCCUGACGAACAACAAUCAUCAUCUACACCCAAACGACGGCUCGAUGUCAGCUCGGCUCGACGACGACCACGAGGGAGGACUCUCGACGUUUAUGCUUGCAGAUUCCGGAUCUGAGAGCGGAUCGCAUAAGGCGGGAGUCGGUGGCGUUCGCGGUUCCGGUGGCCACAAAAGUGGCGGCGGUUCCGACGGAAAGCCAACGAGGGUACGCACAGUUCUCAACGAGAAGCAGUUGCAUACCCUGAGAACCUGUUACGCGGCAAACCCUCGACCGGAUGCCCUGAUGAAGGAACAGCUUGUCGAAAUGACGGGGCUGAGUCCACGCGUGAUCAGGGUGUGGUUCCAGAAUAAGAGAUGCAAAGACAAGAAGAAGACGAUCGCCAUGAAGCAGCAAAUGCAAGAGAAGCGCUUUUUAUUUCAGGACGGGCGUAAAUUGGGCUUCGGCGGCAUGCAUGGCAUACCCAUGGUUGCCAGCAGCCCCGUGAGACACGAGAGUCCUAUCGGCAUGACGCCUCUGGAAGUUCAAGCUUAUCAGCCACCGUGGAAAGCGCUUUCGGAGUUUGCGCUUCAUACAGACUUGGAACGACUGGAUCCUAAUGCACCAUCGUUCCACCAUUUGGUGUCUCAGAUGCACGGCUAUGACUUGCAUGGGGGACCACCGCCGCAAUUGGCACCCCCGCCAGGGAUGCUUGGCGGGCCGAUGAGCGACGGUGGAGGCGGACCGUUACCGCCACCGGGGCCUCAUCAUCCAGGUGGUGGCGGGCCCGACAUGGGCCAGCAUCCCGACAGCACUGAUAGCUACGUGACCUACGUUGAGAGUGACAGUGACUCGUUUCACCACGAUACGGGAAGUCCAUAGUGUCGUGCAAGGCAUGAACGUAAAAUUACCACGCCCCCGUUGUCCUUCGCUUUCGUAACGACUCUCGUCGUGGUGCUCGUCAUAACGGUGAGAUGCCUGCAACGGCGAAUAUGGAGCGGUUACGGAACCAGGGAACAUCGUGAUACAUAUGGAUAUAGGAGGAACAAUUCAGAUACCAAAGGAUGCAUCGAUCUUUCGACGAUAAUUAAAUAGACUUGUACCGCACUAUUACCAAAAGUGGCUCGGAAAUGACAAGUGAAACACUGAAAAUGAACGGCGAAGGAAAGAAGGGGCAAUGUCGCUGUCUUGGACGUACAUGAAUAAUGUAUUUUCAUUUUAGUUAUGAAAUAAUUUCUUUGAAAUGACACAAAGGACGUUUGCAAAAAUAACCGUCUAAUCAUUGAGCGUACAAAACUUUCAAAAACCUUGAACAUCCUGUAUAUUAUUAGCUUAUUGAUAUAAAAUCGAAUUCUGGCCAGA